ACUUUGGGGUAUCAAAGUGAAAACAAGCCUUUGAUAUAUAGCAGUUGUAAAUUUUAUCAGGUAAAUAAAAGAUGCCGCUUCCUUCUAGAGUUUGAGAAAGAAAUCAAGAGUUUGCUUGAGGGUAUAGCAUCAAAAGAUCAUCCUUUUGAAGGGAAAGAUGUUGAUGCAUCUUCCCUUGGCUGGGCCAUGUCAGCAGUCUCUUCUCGAGCCUUCCGUUUGCAUGGUGACGACAGUGAUGUCCCUAUGAUGCUUCCACUAAUUGACAUGUGCAAUCACAGCUUUGAUCCAAAUGCUCGUAUUGUACAGGAAAUAGAUACUGGCAGCUCAAAGAUGUUAGUGAGGGUUGUAGCAGAAAAACAAAUUGAGCAAGAUACUCCAAUAACGCUGAAUUAUGGCUGUUUAAGCAAUGAUCUUUUCCUUUUGGAUUAUGGGUUUGUGAUUCCUGAAAACCCAUUUGACCAUGUCGAAUUGAGGUAUGAUGGAGCUCUUCUGGAUGCUGCUAGUAUGGCAGCCGGGGUUUCUUCUCCCAGCAUCUCAUCUCCAGAAAAAUGGCAGCAGGAAAUUCUAUCUCAGCUGAAUUUAAUUGGAGAUGGCGCUGUUCUUAAGGUUUCCUUGAUUAACUCACCACACUUGCAUAUUAAUCUUAUUAUUUAUCAGAACCAUUCCACUUAAUCAUGUGGUUCCUUUCUCUUUAAUUGUUGUGUACUGUUUUUCCUUUUCCACUGUGGUUAAUAUAUGGUGGAAAAGAAAUGCUUGAAGUUGCUUUCUCGUGUUCUUAUUGCACAGACAAUCAAGUCGUAUGCCAUGUUCUAUAGACCAGCAUAUGGUGGAAAGUUUGUUUCUGCAUUUGAUGAUUGCACUGAUACAAUAUUAUGUUUGCACUGAUAGUGAUUUCCCUGGUACUGUAUACUAACUGCACUGAUCUAGAAUUGGCAAUGUGAAACUUGUCACUGUCUCCUUCCUCCCUCUAUAAUUUUCUAUAUCUAGCCCUCUGUAUGAUUUUCUUCCAUCCAUGUCCAUUCAACAUACUUGCUCACUGUUUGCACGUGCCAACAAUUUCAAACCAUUCUAACCAGAGUCCAUAGUGUCUUCUGUACCCCGGCCAUCUUUCCCAAACAUUCUGCAUUGGUGUAGUGUGUUGACUAAUUAAGGGUUAGUUGCAGAUAAACCUCUGCAAAGUCGCCGAUUGCGGAUAGACCCUUGUAGUUCUAUUGGUAUUUAGAAACUCUUACUAUUGCCCAAGUGUUAAUAGACCCCUGAGUAAAUUCUUUC